AUGCCCAGUGUUGCCACAGGUGGGUCUUUAGGGCCAGAUGAGACCCUUUUUAAGACAGUGUCGCCCUAUUCCCUCUUUUUGAAAGUUAGCAUAUUAAACUUGAGUUUUUUGUUUGUUAGUAUCAGAUGA